AUGAAGAGACGGCUGCGGCGCAAGGUGAAAAUCGACGGGCCUCGUGCACAAGCUUCCUCUGCAUACGCCACCAUCACCGAUCUGCCGGACGAACUUGUUGAGAAAAUCGUCGAAGACCUGGAUGAUAACGGAUCCAUUUGUCGUCUGAGCCUUACAUGCAAGAGGCUUCACUUCCUGGUCCUUCCUACGUUCUUCUCCCGCAACAAGUUGGAACUUUUGCAAAACGGGUACCUCCAGUGUUAUAAGCCUGUACCAGGGUUGCUAGAGGCCAUAAGGACGGCCCUUUUCGUUCGCAAUCUUUCAUUGAUCACAUUUUACUUCACUUCAGAGAUGGAGCAAGUGAUCUCAGACAUUUCCAGUCUAUGUGGUUUACUGGCGCGCAUUCCACCGGUUGGUAAAAUCAUGCUAGGCCUUCCGCAAUAUGUUUCGUCCCUGUACGUGCCACAGCAUGUCCGAAACAUGGAGAGGUGGGGAAGGGAGUCUCUGAAGCUUUUAGAAACAAUCACGAAGAGUGGGUGCAGAGAUCUGGAGUUGCUUGACCCGUUAGGUAUCUUGCCUAACAACUUUUUGUAUGUCGCGGCACCUCCCCCAUCGAAACCCACAGGCACUAAGUCUAGGAGGUCGAGAAAUUUGGGAGGGUCCCGUGGACACUCCCAUUCAACUAGCCUGUCGACGAUACAAAUUCUUUCUCCGAGGCUCUUCCAACCAUUUUUUAUCGGUUGGAUUGUUGAUACACUGAAGGUGAACCGAGAGUCCCUCGUCUGCAUUCACCUCAAUGUCACUUCCAUUGACCCGGUCCUCCUAUCACGCAUCUCCGAAUCUAUGAAUUUACCAGCGAUAAAAGAGGUCAAGAUCUCUGCCUAUUCCAAUUUCGAAUGGAUGGGUCUAUGGAGCUUUCUCAAUCGCCAUCCAUCAAUCACCAGUCUACGCCUCGACGGAAUCCUCCCAGUCAAGGAUCCUCAAAUCCCUGAUCCCCCAAUUAUACUCCCACACUUGACACAGGUCACUGCAAUGUCGCCGGUUGUGACCUCGCUGCUACAACAUCGGAACAGGGUGCCGCUUCUUUCCUCCGUCGAUGUCUUACUCAAUUGGAACGUUCAAUCUGGGUUGGACCCCCUAGCAGCCAUUGCCACCCACGCCCAUAUCUCAUCUUUGAAGAUAUCAAAUGGUCUACAGGGGGAUAUCUGCUCGAUCCUAGAGAGGCAUAUCCGUGAAGACAGAUAUACUCGAAUCAUUACCUCCCUCAGUCAUAUCAGGAGUGUCGUUUUGGACCAAUCCAUUAAUUCUAGCAACCCCUCGCCACUCACAAUAAAGAGGUGGCUUUACCUCUUCCCCCAUCUGGAGCAUGUGACUGUGAGCUUGCGUCUGUUGGAUGUCAGGUUAGGAUUGUCAGCCGAGGAGAGCCUUGGUGUAGUCACCGAGUUUGCCACUCAAUUUGCUGCUGAUCGCCCGAUGAUGAGAACAUUAUCGGCUGAUUUCUUUUUGACAGUCAACUUGGACGAGUUGCGGAGGGUGCCAGGCUUCAAGAACGGCCCAUCGACCGGGUCCAGAAAAUCAAAUAGGGUGUUGAAUGGGCAAGCAAAAUGUAGCUGCAAAUAG